CAAAAUCACAGGCUUCGGGCCUUCUUCGUUUCGCGGAGACAAACAACACUCAAAGUUCAAAUUUUCUAAUAGGCGCCAUCGAUUUUGGUUUUCAGACUUGAAAAUACCUUCAAGAAUCUGGUGUCGUUGUUCAUGCUGACAUUAAUCUUGUUAAGUGGAUUUCGCGAGGGAACUUUCGAAUUAGGGUUUGUAGGAAUUACAAGGAAUUCGGUUUAUUUUUCUUGAUUUGCCUCAAAUUAUUGCGCCAUGUUCACUCCACAGAGGAAGGCGUUUACGCCGCGGAGUGAGGCCCGAAUAAGCGGUGGCUUUGGGAGGUUUACAAAUCCGAAGAAUGUUGAGAAAGGCAAAGCGGUUGCUUCUGUCGACGGUCUACUACCGCCGCCUUCACUGGUGGGUUCACUGAACGAAAACGAAGCUGCGAUAGGGUUGGGCGCUGAAAACAUGGAGGAUUGGAAGAAGUUUAAGGAGGUGGGUCUCUUGGAUGAAGCCGCCAUGGAGAGGAGAGACCGCGAAGCACUGCUUGAAAAGGCUUCGAAGCUUGAAAAGGAGGUAUUUGAUUAUCAAUAUAAUAUGGGGCUUCUACUCAUCGAGAAAAAGGAGUGGAGUUCAAAGUAUGAAGAGCUAAGGCAAGCACAGGCUGAAGCUAAUGAGAUCCUCAAGCGCGAACAGACGACACAUUUGAUUGAAUUGUCUGAAUCUGAGCAGCGGGUGGAAAAUCUAAGGAGAGCCUUGGAAGUUGAGAAGCAUCGUGUGGUAGAUCUUGAAAAGGCUUUGCACGAUGUGGAAGAGGAACACAACAAGAUCAAGCUUGAUGCUGAGACAAAGUUGUCCGAUGUUAAUGGCUUGGUUGGUAGAAUAGAAGAGAAAUCUGUUGAGGUGAAAGAAAAUAUGUUUGCUGCUGAAACCAAGAUUGCCGAGGUGAACAGAACGAGUUCAAAGUUGGAGAUGAAAUUGCUGGAGUUAGAGAAUCGGGAAAGUCUGCUUCAUAGCGAGUGCCUCUCUUUAAAUACAGAAUCAACUACAACUGCAUUGCUCUUAGGAGAAAAGUACACGAGACAGCUUUUUAUAAGUAGAGGGAAGACCUACGAGAAUGGGGGAGUAGAUUACAAAAAGGAGAAGAGAGGUUUUGUAAUGUUAGGAGAGCCCUUAACCAGAGAGAGGAAAGUGCAGAUGAAAUUGAUAGGAUUCUUAAGCAGAAAGAGAGGGACCUUGAAGAACAAAAAAAUAAGAUUGAUAUAUCCAGCUCAAAGAUGAAAGGGACAGAAGAUGGUUUAAACAUUGAACUCUCCGAUUUAGCCGCAAAAGAGAUGAUGGAGAUUCAGAAUAUCCUCGAUGAAUAUAAGACCACCCUUGGUGCUAAAAUGCAGGGGGUUGAGUCAGAUUUUGAAAAAAGGAGGAAGGCUCUUGAUGAGGAACUAAGAAG